AUACCCACGAAAGGUACGCACCACGUAACCCCUUACAGGUAACAGGUCAGAUAGGGAGAGAAUACAGUUAACCCAGAAAUCCCAAUUUCAAGACAUUCAUUCCCAAUUUCAGAGGCCACCCAAAAAAUUAUUUUUAAAAAAAAAAGAACAGAUAAAAAGAGAAUAUAAUUUUGUCUGUGUGAUCAUCUUUCUGGGUCUUUAAAAACCCAGAUUUUGAUCCACAGUUUGGGUGAUUCUGGGGUUGCUUUAAUUAUUCUGGGUUUUUUGGUUUGGAGUUUUUAGAGAGAGAAAUUGUGGGGUUUUAAUUGAUUGUUGUUAGAAAUGGUGAGGUCAAAAAACAGUAGUGAUCAAGCAAUUGAUUUGAAUGUUGAACCUGAGGAAUCUUGUGCUUCUUGCUCUAUUUGUCUUGAUUUGGUGACCUUUGGUGGGGAAAGAUCCAGUGCUAAACUUAAUUGUGGCCAUGAAUUUCAUCUGGACUGCAUUGGUUCUGCAUUCAAUAUGAAGGGAAUGAUGCAAUGCCCAAACUGCCGGGGAAUUGAGAAAGGUCGAUGGUUAUAUGCAAGUGGUUCCACAAAUUCAUCUCCAGAACUAGGCAUGGAUGAUGGAAGUGUUGAUAACUAUCCGUUUUACUUCACCUUUGCUGAAAUGCCCUAUAGAGUUCACGUUUGUCCAUUUCGUGGAUUCACGCAAGUUCAUCCAUCUUCUCAGUCAAGCCUUGGAGUGAUGAGCACAUUAACUCCAAUGGUGACCCAUGGAGCAGGCAUUCCUCAUACGGACCCUCUCCCUCACCCGUACCCUCACCCUCACCCUCACCCUCACCCUCACCCUCACCCUCACGGAUGGGUCCAAUUUCAACAUACUUCAUAUCUACAUCACAAUCAAGGACCGGGUUUACCCAUGCCCAUUAGCAGCAGUGCCGGGAGGUUCGACACUCAAAGAAGCAUGCCGAGAUUUGUGCCUUCAGGACGAGGAUAUGAGCCGAAUCCAAGUUUCCCUCACUAUGCAGAAAGCUCUCCUCCAAAUUACUCCCAUUCUUGGAGCAGAGAUAAUGUUCCUCAUUUUCAAUUGCCAUGAUGGGUUAUAUAUGUAAAUAUAAAAGCAUUCUCACCUCAAGCUAUGAACUCUGGUCACAAAUUUGGUCUUUGGUGGAUUUUGCUUGAGGUCUUUUGUUGAUAUACAUAGAUUAUCAUGAAUGCUGAUGACCCUUGUAAUGGCAUUUUAAUCUCGGAGUUCACUGUUGUAAAUCUGGAGCAUGAUUUGUCUCCAUGAUUUUGUACAUUUUGUUAGACUGUAUGUAUGUAUGUUUUCAUGAUGGAUGAAAACUGAAAAAGUAAGUUAAAGUCCACUCUGUUGGCAAUUGUAUCAAAUGAGAAAUGCUCAUCAGAGAAUGAAGACAUAAGGCUUGGACAGUUGAUCUUUAAACUGUUUUGGAAAAAUAUUCAGUCCGGAAUUAAUAGAGUCAUAUAUUGUUUUGACAAUA